CUGAGUGCUCAUCCCGCAGCUGAUCCUCCGGCUUCCACCGCACCUCCUCCCCGGGUAUCUCACACCGUCACCGGCCAUGGCGCUCCGGAGCUUCUUCGUGGGAGGAAACUGGAAGAUGAACGGGACCAAGGAGAGUCUGGAGCCGCUGAUCUGCACCCUGAACACCGCAAACCUGGACGACCGCACCGAGGUGGUGUGCGGUGCUCCCUCCAUCUACCUGGACUUUGUCCGGUCCAGUCUGGAUCACCGGAUCGGUGUCGCAGCCCAGAACUGUUACAAGGUGGCCAAGGGAGCGUUCACAGGGGAGAUCAGCCCGGCCAUGAUAAAGGACUGCGGGGCAGACUGGGUGAUACUGGGGCACUCUGAGCGCCGCCACGUCUUUGGGGAAAGCGACGAGCUGAUUGGUCAGAAGGUGUCUCACGCUCUGGAGAGCGGUCUGAAUGUGAUCGCCUGCAUCGGGGAGAAGCUGGAGGAGCGGGAGGCCGAUACCACCGAAGAAGUCGUCUACGCUCAGACGCAGGUCAUUACAGAGAACGUGACGGACUGGGGGAAAGUGGUUCUGGCGUACGAACCUGUGUGGGCCAUCGGCACAGGAAAGACGGCUUCACCUGAACAGGCUCAGGAGGUCCACGAGAAGUUGCGGGCGUGGCUCCGAGCCAACGUCUCCGAUGACGUGGCGGACUCUGUGAGGAUCAUCUACGGAGGUUCAGUGACGGCAUCGAAUUGCAGAGAGUUGGCGUCUCAGGGCGACGUGGACGGCUUCCUGGUGGGCGGAGCUUCUCUCAAACCAGAGUUUGUCGACAUCAUCAAUGCUCGCGCUUAGAAUCAAAAGGCAGGAAAAUGGCUCAAUUGAGACCAAAGAAGGAAACCCUUUAGAUUAUUGUGUCCUCACACUGGGCUGACGGAUCCACAGACAGACGUGUGUUGAAUUAAAUCACUUUUAUUUUGAUAAAUAUGUGUUGAAAAAGGUCAAUUUAGAGAUAAAUAUCUGUAAGUUUGCUGUGAACUUUGUUCUAUAAUUUGUUAUAUUACAGCAUCAGAGUCAAACUACUGCACAUUUAUAUUUCUUUUUAGCAUUACAUCUGUUU